AUGGCCACAUGGGUUCUGGUGGGGGCGGGGCCCUCUGUGACGUCACCAAGGGCCCAGCCCUGCCUGGUCCUCAGUCUCCAGGUGCCAGCGCAGACCAGCGCACCAGGAGCCACUUCGUCUCAGCUCACGAUGCGGUCUGUAAUAUGGGUAUUUUUUUGGUCCACGUUUAUCUCGUUUGUCUUUGCCUAUAUGUUUUAUGUCCUGAGAGAUGAACCCGAAGAACCCCCAUGGAUGGUGCCCAGCGGAAGGCACGUCCGAAUUCGGCAGAAUCAACCAGAGCAUGCCCCAGGCUGGUUUGGGAGCAAUUCGCACUGGCUGUUAAUCUUCCUCAUGUUUUUGGUGAUCCUGAAGUUUCCCGGAGGCGAUGACGAAAGUAACGUGUGCACUCCUCCUGGCCGUCAGGGCUGUUCAUCUGGCCCUCCAGGAAGAAAGAAGAUAAAGGCUUCCCCCUACAAAGACUCUAUGUGCGGUGCCUUAACCCAGGUCAAGACGAAACUUGUGAACCUUGUGUCCAGGAUGCGGAAUCUGAAACUCAUCGCGGCAACCGGCGAUAGACGCCAAUGUCCCAAUAUCGAGGCUCCUGGUGAUGCACAGAAUAACAUUACGGUACAUGAGUUACGGGUCACCGGAGACCCCGAGGGAGUGGAUUUUCACAUCAAGGAAGAAGAGUAG